AUGGCGGAGAGCAGAGACCAAAGCGAUAACUCGGGCUAGCAAACGCAAGUGCGCCGUCAUUGAAACGCAGAAACCUUUCGCAAGUGGUUCUCGGAGUUACUUACGGUUUGCUGCUGCCGACGGGACACAAGUCGCACGCGAGGUGAGCGGAUUUUCGGAGCGAGGUUUGGAUUUAGCGGAGCUACUUAGCUGGCUAAGCUAACCGUGCUAGCAACCUGGCGUUAGCUGGCUCCGAGUGGUGUGUGUGUGAUUUUAAGCACGCAGGCUUGUUUGUCAACAUAAGCUGACGUUGAAUUGAUAGCGAGCCAGCUAACAUACAACUCCCCCGGUCACCCAGCUUAACCUGAGUGUGUUUAUAACAUGGUGGCCACAGCUGAGCGCAGAUUUAUCUGUGCAAAGUGAGAGUGGAUAAAAAAGUCAGACAUCUGACCAUCCUGGUCGCCAGCAAGCUGCAAGUUAAGCUGGUCAGCCAAGUUAGCUAACUGGCUUGCUUUGCACACAGUCUAAACUGACUCUUUUGUUUGCCUGGGAAUUAAUCAGCCAGCGUGAAGCAAGAUCUCAGUGUUUGCAAGCUGAACGGACGGCUGAACAGUUGGAGGCCAACAGGCUUCUCCCUGCACCUGGGAUGGUGCUUUUUGACAGAGCGGCUGUGGAGCCAUAACCCCACCACCAUCAUCGUUCCAUCCUCUUGACUAUAAGCCAUUGGCCCACCACUGAUCUCACGCCCAGGCUCCCCUCCUUCCCUCAGCUUUGCUCAGUCCCUGACAAGGCCACCACAGCCACCACAUGACUCACCGACUGGAGCCCUAGAUCAAGUCAGUUAAAGCUGAAAAUGAGUGCAGUAGGGGAAAGCCCUCUGGACCCUGCCACGCCAGAGUCACGCAAGAGGAAGGGCUCGCCAUGCGACACGUCAGGGCAAAGUGCGGAGAAACGGAGACGGGAGCUGGAGUGCCGCUACAUCGAGGAGCUGGCGGAGCUGCUGUCAUCCAACAUGGGCGACAUUGCCAGUCUCAGCGUUAAGCCCGACAAGUGCCACAUCCUCAAGAGCACUGUGGACCAAAUCCAGCAGAUCAAACGGCGUGAGCAGGAAAAAGCAGCCCUCCUUUCUCCAGAUGAUGAGGUGCAGAAGAGCGACAUCUCCUCCAGUAGCCAGGGACUGGUGGAGAAAGAGGCGCUGGGGCCCAUGCUGCUAGAGGCGCUUGAUGGGUUUUUCUUCGUUGUCAACCGGGAGGGGCGCAUCGUCUUUGUUUCUGAGAACGUGACGAGUUACCUUGGAUACACCCAAGAGGAGCUCAUGGCCUCCAGCGUCUACAGCAUCCUCCACGUGGGAGACCACAACGAGUUUGUUCGUAAUCUGCUGCCUAAAAGCCUCGUAAAUGGUGUCCCGUGGCCUCAAGAAGCUGGGCGCAGGAACAGCCACGCCUUUAACUGUCGCAUGCUGAAGAGACCUCCAGACGAGGUGGAUUCGGAGAACCUGGAGGCCCGGCAGCAGUAUGAGAUCAUGCAGUGUUUCACCGUGUCCCAGCUACGGACCAUGCAGGAGGAGGGAGAUGACCUGCAGAGCUGCCUGAUAUGCAUUGCCUGCCGGAUGCCACGAACCCAGCCUGUCAGCACGGAGUCUUUUAUUACAAAGCAGGAUCCCACAGGGAAGAUCAUCUCCAUAGAAACUAGUGCUUUGCGAGCGACAGGCAGGCCUGGAUGGGAGGACCUGGUCAGGAAAUGUAUCUAUGCUUUCUUUCAGCCGCAGGGCAAAGAGCCCUCCCACGCCAAGAAGCUUUUGCAUGAGGUGAUGACACAUGGGACCGCGAUCAGCCCGUUGUACCAUUUCACUCUGAGUGAUGGCACUCCGCUUAGCGCUCAGACCCGCUGCAAGUUCUGCUGCCCCCCCAACCCUGAUGUACAGCCCUUCAUUAUGGGCAUUCACACUAUUGACAGGGAACACAACACUGCUAGCUCUCAGGAAAACACUAACCCCAGCCUUCCACCAACCCUCAGCGGUAUCGCCCAAACUCCCUCCCGCUCCCCUUCCCUUCCCCCCAGCGGUAAUUCAACCCAAGGCUCAAGUCUCGCCACCGCGGGCCUUCACACCAACAACAGCAAUGCCUCUUCCCACGGACAUAAUCCAGCCACGCCGACAGGCUACCUGACACCCAAUCGGACGAAUUGUCCCCAGCAGGUCAACAGCCCCUCUCCUUUGAGCAGCCCACUUACAGCAACCCCUACCUCUUUUAUGUCGCCCAGGAUGCCACGGGCCAGUCCUGGGUUAGGUGGGAGCCCUCGGGUACCGGGGAACCCCUUCUCUCCCUCCACACCAGGCCUCCAUUCCCCAGCUGGGGCUCUAAGCAGUGGAGGAAGCCUCAAUAGGCAGCAGUCUAGUGGUGAUGGCAACAGUAGCGCAAGCGGUGGGUCAACAGGGUCUUUCUCCCUGUCCUCUCCGGUCCUUCAAAGACAAGCCAGUACACCCACCGGCUCCUCUACUCGACCUCCAUCAACAAAACCCUCAGAGGGAGGUGAAGAAGGGGGAGAGGACUCUGUUAAAGCCCCCCUUUCUUCUGCCUCACAGCUGGGUAACCCCAGACUUAAUCAGCUCCUGGAUAGCAAUGGGACAGGAGCUGAAUCUAACAACAGCAUCCACUGCACCUCCUCACCUCAUCCACCUAACCCUGCUCCUGCCCCUCAGUGCCCUGCCUCCCACAGCAGUCUCACUGAAAGACACAAGAUCCUCCACCGGCUGCUUCAGGACAGUAGUCCCAACGAUGCCUCCACCAACAGCGAGGAAGGAAUAAACAAAACUGAAGUUGAGAUCAAGAAGGAGCCACCUGCCAGUCCGGCGCUGGGUGCAGGACCUCCCAAGAGCGACUCGAGAGAGCCACAGGACCACCAGUUGCUUCGUUUUCUCCUGGGUACAGAUGAAAAGGACUUGGACGACCUGCCACCUCCAUCUGCUCUGAGCCUUCAGACAGUGAGAAUUAAGGUAGAGAAGAAAGCUGGUGGGGAGGGAGUGACCUGUACAGGGUCAGCGGUUGGCACAGGAGGUGCAACCAAACUUGGAGGAGUGUCCAGCAGCUCGGCUUGUAUCAGCCCCAGAUCGAGCCCUGUCGGAGAAAACCGCAGAGACGGCCGCAAAGACAGCCGAGACUCCAUGAUUUCUAGUGGAUCUGUUGAUAUGGAGCCUCUCUCCCAGAUGCUGCCUGGCUUCAGAGGCCCAGCUGGGGCCAAACAGGGCAGUGAGGAUACAACAAACCCUGGAGGAGGCCCCCAACUUCAGUCUCCGGGCCCCCAGCCCCCAGCUACGCUCCAGUCCCCUGUGCCUCAGCUCCAGUCACCCCUGUCCCAACCCCAGCCUCAGUCCCUCCCACAGUUGCAGUCUCCAUCGCCUCAGCUUCACUCCCCUUCCCCCCAGCUCAAACUGCAGUCACCCACUCAGCUCCAACCCGGCGAUGCCAGCACUCCCCGCAAUGUAAAUGUGAAGAGAGAGCCUCCUGGCACUCCUAACAGAGGGCUCAGUGAUGGCAGACCGCCCUCUGGCUGCAGCCUUCAGAGUCAGUCUUCAUUUGAGUUCUGCAAUCCCGCCACUCCAAGCCAACAACCGGGACAAGGAGACCCCUUCCAGACCCCCAUAGACAGCAGUCCAUUUCCAGAGGCCGAAGUUUUGAACCCUUUCACCUCAACCACUGGUCUAACCAAGAUGGAUGUGGGUGAUUCCCAGUUUCAGCCUCUGGCUCUGUCUGACACCCUGACGUUUGAUGGUCUGGGAACUCCUUUGCAGGCUCCUUUGGCAUCACCACAAGAGCAGUGUGUGCCCUGUACGCUGGAUGAAGUGCUUGGCCCUCCAACCACACCUGAAGCCCGGAACGAUGAGAAGGCUCUAUUAGAGCAGCUGGUUAACUUCCUCAGUGGGACAGAUGAAAGCGAACUGGCUGAGCUGGACAAAGCCCUGGGUAUCGACAAACUGAUACAGGGUGGCUGCUUUGACCCUUUACCUCAAAAUUUUCCACCCCAGCAACCCACUGCCACCCCAGUUUCCAUAGACCCUAAACUCCCCACCUACCCUUCCCAAUUCACACCAGCUCCACAAGCUCCUUUUCCUCCAGAGCUGGGCACGGUGGGGGCGCAGGGUCUGGGGUUCGGAGCCCCUCGAGGGGCCUUCCCCGGUGGGACGGGCAUGGGGCUGAGGCCAGGCAUGACCAGACCACAGGGGAUGGGUAAUCCGGUCAGGCUGCCACCCAACCAACUGCGCCUGCAGCUGCAGCAGAGACUACAAGGCCCGCAGCAGCUCCAGAACAGGCUGGCAGGGAUGAAUCAGUUUCCAGGAGGAGCCCAGCAUGUGAACAUGGGGAUUCGUCAGGGGGUGCAACAACCUCAAAUGCCCUCGCAACAGCCUCCGCUGAAUGCCCAGAUGCUGGCUCAGCGUCAGCGGGAACUCUACAGCAUCCAGCAUCGCCAACGCCAGCUAUUCCAGCAGAAGGUCAUGCUGAUGAGACAGAACAUAGCAGGCACUCCCACUGGAGCCGUGGGGCCCAUUGGGACUGCCAGGGUCCCCAAAGCUCCCCCCACACCGACUCAACAACAGCAGCAACAGCAGUUCAACUUCCCACCAGGGUACAACCCGAUGACGGGAAACCCUCCUACCUCACCAAGUCACUUCAGCCCCAUUACCGGGGGCCCUCUGGACAACAAGCUGCCCGGCAGAGUUCCCCUGAACAACCAGACGUUGAUGGGUGGUGUGCAGGGCCAGUUCAACAGCACCGUCAACUCCUCAUUGCAGCAAGGCCUGUUUCAGCAGUUUGGAGGGUCCGCUGUGGUCCAGCAAGACCCACCGUUUGCUCCUGAGAUGAGCCCCUCCAGCCCACUGUUAUCACCUCAGAACUCCACCUCCCAGAGUCCUCUGCUUCAGCAAAAUCCAUCUACUGGCUACCAGUCACCCGACAUGAAAGGCUGGCAACCAAGCAGCGUGGGCAGCCUGUUCAGUCAGUCAGGACAGAGUGCAGGGCAGGCGUUUGGCCAGCAGGGGGUUUAUAACAACAUGAGCAUCACCGUUUCCAUGGCCGGGGGCUCGAGUGGCGUCAGCUCAUUACCUCCCAUUGGGCAGUCAGUUGGCAUGAACAACAGUAACCUCAGCAACGUUGGUUCAGUGUGCAGCGACCAGCAGGUGCAGCAGGUCCAGGUAUUUGCGGACGUCCAGUGCACAGUGAACCUUGUUGGCAGUGAUUCCUACCUGAACCAGGGCUCCAUCGGAGCUGCGGCCUCCCAGAAGGGCCCCGGACCCCAGGGCUCCCAGAACAACCAAGCCCAGCAGAAGAGCCUCCUCCAGCAGCUGCUCACUGAGUGACACCUCCCACCUCUUCAGCUCUCCUACUCUAUCUACUUCUCACUUCUACGCCUCCUCCUUGGAGGGUCGGUGCACCAGACCCAUUGCUGUCUCUGUCUCACCUUUUGGAUGGAUCGAUGUUUGGACGGCCACAGAGUAGGCUCAGAGAGGUCUGGCUGUCGGUGGUUUUCGCAGCCUAACCACUUCUGUGCUGGGGAGGGGUGGGGGUGGGGAUUCAGGGCUGGUUGUUUGAUGCCCAGAACAUUUUAAGUCAAGACUGAAGUCAGAAGGAGCAGCAGUGUAUUUAAACCUGCCUGUCUAAUCUGUCUGACAACCUGUCUGUCUGCCUCAGCCUAUUAAAGGCAGUGUUGUCUUGCUGCUCAUUCCUUGGUGACCUACUUCCUGCUUCCUGACCCAAGAAAACAACUGCGACGUCAUUGUAGUUUUGCCAAGUUUUUGUCACUGUCAAAUCAGGGCCGGCCUCCUUUUUAUUUGUGUUUUAUAUGUUUUUGUUUGGUUUUUUGUUUUUGUUUUUUUCUGAUCGGACGGUUUCUGUCGAGCCGUCGAAACAGCAAGCAGCAGCAGCAGCAGCGCAUCUCGGGAGCAUGAGUUGCAGCAUACAGCUGGGCUCAGUGUUUUAAAAGUGUUGGGAUUAUCCCACACAGCAGCACCUCUGGCUUUUAUUUUCGUUUGUUUGUUGUUGUUUUUGUUUUUUUUCUCUGCCUGUCUCUCAGCGAUGUGGGAAUGUUAAGGUUUCAGACCUCUGUGGCAUUGUGGGAUAGAAGCUCAGUAUCAGCUGGUUCUGUGACUGUCUCUCUCUAUCAGCUACAGUGCCUGGUGGAAGUUUGAGUUUUUCCCAAGCUCUGCUUCUUCUUCUUCUACUUCUACUUCUUCAACAUAUUAUUCUAUUACAUCAUUAUUUUUUUGUUUGUGUUUUGGGUUGGAUUGGGGGUUUUUUGUUUAGUAGUUUUUUUGUUUUUUUUUUUAAACUUCUGCUCUCGCCGUCAUCAUCAUCAUCAUCUUCACGAUCAUCAGAACAAGCUUUGGCAACAGCCAGGAUGGAUGGAUGGAUGGAUAGAUUGAUGGAUGGAUGGAUGGGAGACAGACGGGAUGCUGCUCAGUUUGGAACUUUACGUGUCUUCCUCCCCUGGGAGGAGGUUUUAUUUUUAUUUUUCUCAAAGUAUAAGAAAAAAGGACUGUUAUGAUUAUUUAACUGUCUGUCCGUCACAUUUUACCCCUCACCUCAGCAGCUGUGAAUACAGAGCCCCGUUGGGUUCUCUCUCUUCUCUCUUUUUCUCUCUCUCUGUGUAUCUUCAUGCUAUCUCUCAGCCUAUCAGUGUUGUUUGCCAUGUGCACCAUGCAGGCGGGUAGUAUUGUACAGUACAGAAGGACAAAGACUUGGGGAUGAGCUCACUCUUGUAACUGCUUUCCUUUAAGAAAAAAAAUGAGAAAAAACAAAGAAAAAAACAAAUGUAAUUAAUUGAUUACUCAGAAAAGCAAAACUUAUAUAUUAUAAUGUGAUUCGAUCCAGGUUUUCUUUCCCUUUUUUUUUUGAGAUUAUUUUUUUUUUGGGCAUCAUGAUAUUGUAACACAGCUACAUGUUGCGGUGGAGGAGGAAGACGUUAUUCCAGCUUCUAAAAUGUGAAAAUUUUAAGCGAUUUGGUUUUUGAAGAAUUAAAAAAAAGGUAGAUCUCGCUCCCUUUGGCGUCCCAGUCAGCACUACAUGAAGCCACACUUUAAAAAAAAAAUGGGUUUGAUUGCUCUGCUUUCUCUCUUGUUGUAACCAGGGAGCUAGUUAGCCAUCUUUUCUCGCUUUCUCCUCUUUUUUUAUUCUUAUGUAUGUACAAUACUUUCAGAAAAACUUUUCAGACAGUACAUGUGUUGUAACCAUUGUAUAAAAAAACAAAGCAUAAUGAUAAACUGAAACCGCGCUCUUUGCUGUGAGCCGCAGCAAACGGCACGCUUUUGGAUAUUGUUCCUAUAUAAUGACAUUUAAGUAGAGGCUUUAGUGAUAGAAGUUCCUAACAAAGAUGUGAUGGAUAAUUGAUUUAAAGCUGUCAUGAAUUUGAAUCCAAACAGGAAGAGUUGCAAAAACAUCUUUUCAUUUUCUCCUCACCUCCUGGGAAUCUCUUUAUUGUUUUAUGUUUUUUACGAGGGAUUCAACCCUCUUCUCCUUUCACCUCUGGUUUCCCUGAUGAAGACUUCACUCCACUGGCUACACACUCAUAUACAGUUUUCUGUUGACUACUGUUGCUCAGUCAGACACUGUGUCUCUCAGCGAUAACAGACCUCUCGUGACAAAAAAAAUUCAAAUCUUAAGAUGUGCUACUUACACCUUACCGGAAAUUUAAGGAGAAAACCCUGCUGAGACGUUGCCUCUUAAUAUUCUUUACAUGACUAAAAUAUUGUAGAGCUAUAAACAUGUAAUAUGUGGAUUAGGCACCUCUUAACGCAUAUGAUUUUUUUAAAUUUGCUCCAGUCCGACACCCUUUAUCCAAAGGUUUAAAUUAGAGGAUGCUAAACGACAUUUGGAAUGAGUGUAACCAAACUUAGUGGUCUUUUUCUUUUCUAUUUUUUUUCUUUUUCUGUUCUUUUUUUCAAAAGUAGGGCUCGUUCUGUCGGGGAGCAUCAUUCGAGUUUCCUCCUGUCAAAUCUGCCACGUCUCAACGCCAGCACAAAUAUCAGGUGCUCCCUGAUUGAACCGGUCUCGGUUUAUUAUUUCUCUUCCUUUCUCUCGUGGAAACUCGGAGAAUUGACGCGAUCCGUGGAGAAGGUUUCAAAUAAAGCUCACGCCCCCCACCCAGCUAACGAGUCUUCAAUCUGCCGAACCCGUCGCUCACGUAGGUGAUGCAGUCGCGUGGAAUAGGGCUUCUUUCCUGUGUUUUUUUUCACAGAGAUACUUUGCCGUAUGCAACAUUUUACCCAGAAAAAGAGGGGUAGUAUGCAAGGUCUACAUUCCACCCACCAACUUCUGAAGUGUUGAAUAAUGUGAGAACCACUUUGUGCUCAUCUGCAACGCUCUGUGUGACUGUCUCGACGCGUUAUUUGCGUGCAGAAUCAUGCAGUGUGCGUCCAAACAGUGGCUCAGGAAGUAAAUGCAAAAACACCUCCAGUAUAGAGAGGAUUUCUAUUUUUCUAUGGAUUUAUUUUAAAAUCAUGCUAACAAGUCUUCUUUCAUAAAUCAAGAAGAAGCAAACAUAGUACUUGGUUAUCGUCAACUUUACUAACCUAUAUAUGAUGGACUUUUCUCAGAAUAAGGAAUAAAAGUAACUUGUAUGUAAAAUUAAAGCAGUGUACCAAAUACAACAGUGGGGGCAAAAUGUGGCAAAAACUCACCAGCAAAUUUUUGUUGCUUUUGUUUUGUAAAUAAUGUAAUUGAUCAAAAAAAGUUCCAAAUUUCAAAUUCCUUAUGUGCCACUUAUCUAACUUUUGACAGUUUUUCCUAUUUCGGUCCUUUGAACUGCAUCGCAGUCCACAAGUAGUUAAAAAUGUACUACCUCCAAACUCUUUGUCAGAGCAGGAGAAGGCAAGAAAGUUUCCCAGAUUCUGGAGGAACGGAGUUAAUUGAUGACUUUUUAUAAAUGCCUGAAUUCAUGAUCAUCCUUGUGGGUUACUGUAGUAAGGAGCUCCAGCUCAAUUAUUUGAAUGUUUGACCUCCAAACUGAGUCACUUCUCUGCCACUGUUAUCAAUCAGAAAUUCAAUGGAAACUGAAAGCAACAACAUAUCUCAGCCCCGCACCGCCUCAAGCCUCAGAGGAUUUUAAAACCCGUUUAGACCCCCUCGAGGAGUAUUUUCUAGAGAAUUAUUUGAAUGCAGUCGCCUGACAGUCCUGCGCCACUGUUUGGACGGCAGAAGUUGCACAAAGUGGGAGGACGCACCUUUCUGAAAGGUUUCUGUCAGUGUCAGCCUUCCUCCUUUCACUUUCCUGCAUGGAAUAGGCAUUCCUAUGGAAGUGGUUUCCUCUCCAACCCUGUUCAGUGCAGAAACUCAGCAGCAGCUGUCAGCUUAACCUGCAAAUAAAGAAAAAUAGAAGGAAAAAUAUAUGCCAAAUACAUCCAGCGCAAGGUUUUAUAUGCAACAGCCAUUCAGUGGAAACGACAGUCCCUCCUUUGCUUCCUUUACUACCCUCCCUCCGUCGUCACUACAGGUAACAGGUACCAGGUUAGGUUCUUUUGUAACGUUGGUUUCAAGAUGUCAACAUGAUGUAUAUAACAGAGAAAUGUGAAUAUGUAUUUGUUCAGAAUCAAAAAAAGUAGUGCUCCGAGUUUGUGGUAAAUAACUACUCGCCUCCGUCAUAUUUUUAUUUGAUUUGAUUUUCUACUUUUUUUUUUAAAUUUCUGAUGAUGUAUGUAUGUAUAUGACUAUCAGUGAGUGCGUAUGUAUGUGUGAUUAAUACUGUAUAUCUGGUGUUCUCUAAGAUGGAAGAUGUCCUGUAUGAUUCUCUCCUUCUUCUUCUUCUUCGACUCUUUUCAACCCUGCACAGUACCUGUGGGUGUUUCAGAUGACUAUGCCAGAGAAUGGUUUUAGCGACUGCUGAAUGUGAUUUUACUGAGAGAGAAGCAGUGUGGACUGGCUUUUUGUACGGGUUAAUUUAAAAAAAAAAAAAGGCCAUAUUAUUUAAUUUUCUCUGUUGUCAGAAGUUUAAGCAGAUCUGGGAGAGUGGAGCCUUGGUUUUAUGGAGAAGCAUUGCCCGGUUGAGCUGGAUGUUUUAUUUCUUUCUAACUGUCUGACUGAUGUAGCCUCUCUUCUUCUUCUUCUUCUUCUUGCAUUCAUCGGUAGUAAAUGACCAAAGCUUCAACACGUUUCAUGGACUCAUAUGCAAACCUCAUCGUCACUGGACACAACAUAAUGUAGCGGCCCCCUUUAUUUGGAUUUCUCUGCUGCUGCUCUGCGUGUUCGUCCCUCCUGUGGCCUAUCAGCAGCGAGCUGUGUGAUGUCCCAAAGUUAGGUCAGUUUUUCGAGACGUCUCCACUUUUUGCCAAUGAGGUCUUUUGAGCCUGAAGUGCUAUCACUCGUUUACAGGAAGAGAAAAAAAAACAUUGCAACCCUUAGCUAUGCACCUUACUGAAACAAGCAUUUCCUCACCUUGUAGAGUUAACACUGGAGCAUUUCAUUUCAUAGAUAUUUACAGUCACAACAAAAUAAUUUUAAAAAAGCCCACUCGAUACCUGAUGACCUUCACUUCUUCUUUUUUGUUUUUGGUUUUCCAUCAACUGAAUACUUUAUACCAAACUUGAGGUGCCUCGUGUAUAUACUUUCUGCAGUAAAGAUUGCUCCUUUGCUGUUUAACAGUAAUAACCUUGUUAACCAGGGUUUUUUUAAAAACCUUUUUUCAACUUUAUAAAAAAAAUACUGUAUAAAGAAAUGACUUUUUUACACACGUAGAAGUUUAAUCAGAUUAUUCCAGGAAUUUGCAAAUACAAUCUAAUUUUGCACUUUAUAUCAGAUUUACUUGGAGUGAAAAGGCCAUCAGUAACUGUCUCAAUCAGAUCAGUAUUCAGAGAUAGGACGUGUCCCCUGAAUGUACCGAGAAGAGUUAGUCUUUAAUUUGAACCUAAACAACUUCUCAGGUUCUUUGUGAAGAACUUGCCCGUAGUGGAUACCCAUUAUCCCAAAAACUCCUGUCUGUGUCUUUCUCUGACUUGCACCAACCGAUCCUCAGUGUGAAUACUAUGCUAAUCAUCUUCGGGUGACGUCCAUCCCCAGGCGUACUGUUAAAAACCUCCCUCAGCUCGAUUCGCAGAACAUUCCUGCUCAUGACCACUUUCGCCAAACUCUUUGCCAUUCGCUUUCCUUUUCUUUCUCUUCACUGCUUUGUAGGUGUCAUUAAUGCAGCUGUGUUUUCUGUCUAAGCUACAGUGGUGACCUGACAUAAAUGACAGCACACUAACUGUCCCUCGUGUUUUGCUUGCCUCACGUUUUUUGUGCUGCCUGAUGUUGAGUAUUUAGCGGGUUCCAUCUAAUGUCUGCUGCGGGUAGCCACGUUCACGACCUUUAACAUUUUAUUCCACAAAGCAAAAGUAGGCUUUUAUCAGCUUAUACGUGUUCUCACUCGUCAUUGGUCCAACAUUUGUGCACCACUUGUACCUCUUUUCCACCAAAACAGUUCAGGUGCCUGAAGCCUCAGUUAAACAGGCCUAGAGACCGGUUGGUGACACCCUGACAACCACAGGUUGCUAGGGAAAAAUCUUUACUCUCCAGCUGGUUGGCAGGUGGUUUGUGGAGGUGUAAUUAGCUGUAUUGAGGUGGUACUGCUCCGAAAACCUUGCAAUUACUUUGAUUGCUACCAGAUUGUUGCAGUCGCGUGUAAUUUGCAUGGAAGACUUGAACUACUCUCCAAAAGUUAGUGAAACUGUGAAGAGUGCAACACAAACCAGCAACGCAGACCUUUGCCUUCAAAGUAAAAGUUGCACCUUUUGAAACAUGGUGGUUGUAGUGAUAAGGUGCAGCUUUUAAUUUCAAGGCAGGUGUUCCGUUUCCGGCUUGUGUUGCAUGUUUUCAUGUCUCUCUACCGCUCUCUCAGUAGCUUGUAGACGAGUCUGUGUCUUCCAUGUAAACUAUGAGCAAGUUUUUGGUGCAAAUCUCCACCAAUCACUCACCACCCAGUUGGGGAAUACUUUUUUCUUUUUUUCACCCCUAGCAAUUGGUGGUUGCCAGCAGUUUUCCAGCCGUCCUCUAGUCCUGUGUGAGCCUUAUCCUAAGAUAGGAAGAUUCCUGCUCCCAAACCCAUGGGAGAGGCUACCACAAGAAAUUCCUAGUAAAUAUGUCUCCUGUUAUUUCCUUCUCAUGGAAAGUAUCCCACCUUCUGCCGUGUAAUUCUACCUACUAAAUUGGUGGUUCGGUGGAAACCAGGUCCAAGACUGUCUGUAGUUUUUAUAACUCCAACUCAUUCCUAAUGGAGGUGUUCAAAACUUUUAAAAAAACUACCACGCUAUCAGCUGUCAGGUAUUGUAAGCGCUGCCUUAUUGGGUCUGAGGUUGGACAUGGUUCAUAGGCUUGUAAUUUACUCACCACUCUGUUGUUUUUGGGGGGCGUUGAUGCUUUCUCUGGAGAAUUUCAGUUAAAAUAAAGACCAAGGUUCCACUUUCUCCCUUGUACAAAUUAAUAUAAAUAAAUAUAUAUAUAAAUAUAUAUUAUACAUUUUACUCAUUUUGUCCAGUUUUGUAUAUUACACUCAUGUAAAGUUUGUUUUUAAAGAGGCAUCGGAGCAGCUAUUACAAGACAAUAUGAGUGACAAUGUUCAUCUGGGAGAAUUUUAUGCAUGUUAUAUUUUCUCCUCCUCUUCUCUCUUUGUCUCUUUUAAUGCCCCUCAGCCCCUCCUCUUCAGGUGUGUAACGUGAAUAUAAAGAAAUCUACCUUUUCUUUGGAAUGUUGUAGACAAUCAGUCUCAGGCCGGGUCCAGUCCCUGCAGGGAGUGAGAGCCCUGUAGGCUAACAGACAAACAAAACUUUCUUUUCUUUCUUUUCUUUUUUUGUUUUUGUUUGUUUGACAAUUAAAAACUCUAUUUGCAUCUACUGGAAGUCUAAAAUUUGGAGGUUUGUUCAUUCAUAUGUUCGUGGCUGCUCAAGUUUACACACACACACACACUUCUCUACUACACUCAAAACACAAACACCUCGUGCAUUUGAUCCCUCUGCUUUUUUUCCAAGGUGAGGAUGCCAACCUUGAGGAAAUGAUGCUUUGACUAACAAAUCUAUAACAUCUAUGAAUGUGGGAAUGCAACACAUUGCAAUAAAAGCACCAUUUGAAAUGCA